AUGGAAGACCCCAAUGAAGCCAUUAGGCCUAAUUUCGCUUCCGAGGAGUAUCACGACGCACGUCAGCAGCUAAUUGAAGAUGGCAUCACCGCAGAGCAAGCCACCCGUUCUUUGGCGGCGCUGUGGACUAUCAACAACAACGCUGACAAGGAACAUUGGGCUCUCAAGCAGCGUCAAGAACGACUUGCACGCCAAAGAGAAGAAGACGAAGAAGAAGAACGGUUGCAACAACUCAAAGAUGAACAGGAAGCCGCUCGCCUGGAGGAAAGGAAAAAGAACAAGAACAAAUACGCACCGCUCGUGCGAGGAAAGGUUCCGUCCGAUCCAACUAUCCUUCCUGCCCAAUACGCGACGCGCAAGCUGAAAGCCGGCGACUACUGCGAACUCCACUACUUCACCAACAAUGGACUGGAUGAAGCCAAAGCAUCCAGCUUGAUAGCAGAACCGGACGCGCUGGUCAUGCUCCCAUCCGCGGAUGGUCUGCAUUCCUGGGUGCCGGCCGCAGCGGUAAAAGAUCCCAAAGCCGCACCAGUGGUCAAAGACGAAAAACUCACAUGGGAAGAAUUCAAUGAGGCCGCCCCCCGAAUGAUUUCUAUGAUGAAACUAUUCCCUUACGAGGCGCAGCUUUCCCACGCAAUGCGCAGCAUGCGCGCAUGA